CUGCGCGCGCCAUGGCCGUCUCCGUGCCCGGCUACUCGCCCAGCUUCAAGAAGCCGCCCGAGGUCCUGCGGCUCCGGCGGAAAAAGGCUCGGAGCCUGGGGGCCGCCCUCGAGCCGGCGCCGCGCCGCGCCGCCCUGGCGGCCGGGCUCCCCCUGCGCCCCUUCCCGGCCGCGGCGGCGGGGGGCCCCGGCGGCGGCCGCGCCCCGAGGAACCCCUUCGCGCGUCUGGACAACCGGCCGCGGGCCGCCCCGGAGCCCCCCGACGGGCCGGGCCGGUUUCUAGAUUCUCAUCAGGAAAACGAUUUGCCGCGGGAAGAGACGUUUCCUGAGAGAACAGCCGUUCCUGCACCGCCGCAGACUCCACAUGUAUCAUUCUCCGAAUCUGAUACUCCAUCCUCAGAAAGUACUGAAUUACCUGUGGACUGGAGUAUUAAAACGCGACUCCUGUUCACCUCUUCUCAGCCCUUUACUUGGGCAGAUCAUUUGAAAGCCCAAGAAGAGGCCCAAGGCCUUGUCCAGCAUUGUCGGGCCACAGUGCUUACUCUGCCUCCAAGCAUACAGGAUCCCAAACUAUCUACUGAACUCAGAUGCGCCUUCCAGCAGAGCCUUGUCUAUUGGGUUCACCCAUCCUUUUCUUGGCUCCCACUGUUUCCUCGUAUUGGUGCUGACAGAAAAAUGGCUGGAAAGACAAGCCCAUGGUCACAUGAUGAAACCCUGCAGCAUAACUUAAUGAGUGACUGGUCUGUGAGCUUUACUUCUUUAUAUAAUCUGCUGAAGACAAAACUUUGCCCCUAUUUCUACGUCUGUACAUACCAGUUUACUGUCCUGUUCCGUGCAGCAGGAUUAGCAGGAAAUAAUGUAAUCACGGCUCUCAUGUCUCCUACAACUAGAGGUAUAAGAGAAGCUAUGAAAAAUGAAGGUAUUGAAUUUUCUCUGCCCUUAUUAAAAGAAAAUGACCAUAAGGAGAAGAAAGCAUCUGGAACAAGCUUGGAACAUGGAGAGGAGCAAGCAAUUAGUGAUGAAGAUGAAGAAGAAAGUUUUUCCUGGCUGGAAGAGAUGGGUGUGCAAGAUAAAAUUAAAAAACCAGACAUGCUGUCCAUCAAGCUGCGAAGAGAGAAACAUGAAGUACAAAUGGAUCACAGACCUGAGUCUGUUGUGUUGGUGAAAGGAAUGAACACGCUGACGUUGCUGAAUUUUUUGAUCAACUGUAAGAGUUUAAUUGCUACCUCAGGUGCCCAGGCAGGACUUCCACCAACCCUCCUGUCCCCUGUAGCAUUCCGAGGUGCCACCAUGCAAAUGCUUAAGGCAAGAAGUGUAAAUGUGAAGACACAAGCUCUUUCUGGAUACAAAGAUCAAUUUAGUUUGGAGAUUACAGGUCCAGUCAUGCCUCAUUCUCUACAUUCUGUGAUGACAUUACUCACAUCUUCACAGAGUGGGUCAUUUUCUGCAGGCCUGUUUACACAUGAGCCAACUGCUGUAUUUAAUAUCAGCCCACCAGUAGAUGAAGUUCUAAAUAAGGAAACUGUUCAUGAGGAGCUUGCCAGCUGCGGGUUGCACCCCAAGACUCUAGAUCAACUUAGUCAAAUACCAUCACUGGGGAAGUCAUCUUUACGACAUGUGGAAAUGAAUGACUACUAUUAUAGUUGGAGACCCUGAGCACCACAGUAAGCCUAAAAGGAAUCUUUGAGGAAAAAAAGCCUUCUAAGCAAGGAAAUUCAAGAUUCUUAUACCUUUGGCUUUAAAGUUCAUUUUGGAAUUUAAAAAGAACGGAACUUUAAAGUAUUCAAAUGUUCAUAAACUUUUGUAACAUGCACUGAGCAGGAUUAAGAUUUUAAAUAUUUUUACUAUUUUGCAGAUUAGAUGCUAAAAUAACUUUCUUUUGAAACCUUCAAAUAACUUGGAAAAUUCUAUAUCCCUAGUUAUAAACUGCUACAAAUUAAUGUCUGCAUUUCCUUGCCAAAUGGGAAAUUGAGGCUUACCCUAGUAGCAAGUACCUCACCAUAUUGUAACUAAUGAUAUCAGGACAAACUAUUUACCAGUUUACCAAGGAUUAAAGGUUGUAGGCGCUUUUAAACUUUAGUGGCUUUCCUACUGAUUUACAGUUCCUCUAGUCGCAAAUUUACUAAAAUUUGGCUUUAUUUAUAAUUGCAUGUUAAUUUGGGUAAGGAUUUUGUGUUCCGUAUAGUAGUGCUGGAGUUAUAAAGUAUGCUCAGCUGUCAUGGUCAAGUAUACUUAAUGUUCUUGUAAGUAUUUGUGUGUGAGUGUGUGUGUGUGAGUGUGUGUGUAACGAAAUGUUCUUAAAUAAAAGUGCUUAGAAAUCUAAAACAUUGGGUAAAGAAAUACUAUCUAGUGAAGUUAUGUGUUCACUUUGUAAUCGAAAAAAUAAACCACCACAUUUAUUCCAGAGAAGUUUAUAUUUGGGCCUUAAGCUUUUGAAAAUAAAGUUUAGAGACAUAGCAUAUGAAUACCACUGUAAUACACAUGAAAUUUUCUAUUAGACCCUAAAAAUUAACAUAAACUUAAACUUUCUCAUAGUCAACAAAAUAGUGGCUGGGUGCCAAUUUUAUUAGAUAAGUUGGUUACAGCAUUUUAAUUUUACGUCUAUCUAGGUGUAGCUGAAAUUCAAAAUGCACAUCAAAGUAGAACUAUAUCACAACUCAAUGCCAUACUAAAUGUACUUGGCCUCUGCAGUAGAAUUCUAGUCAGACUUGAUUUUAACUCCCUUCUCAUGGCCCAAGUGGCUUUCACGGGAACGCAGGACUUAGUGCUGAUCAUCACACAACAUACCACUUUUUUUUAAUAACCUCUACAAAAUUUUAAGGGGAGAUGGUGGCAUAAGCCCUGUGGAACAGAUCUUGCUUUAUUUCCUCAAUAACACUGGCCCAGUAUCUGUCCAGCAGAACCCAUUGUGAACUAGUACUAGUACAAGGUGCACAGCCCUUCACUGAUUACAGGCAAGUGUUACAGCAGCCUAGCCAUAAGGAAGGGGAGUUACAUCAUAGUACAAAAUACAGUAUAAAAGCGUUAUUUAACAUUCCACACUGAAGAUUACGGAUGCCUUCAAACAAUCGUUUGGAUGUUAGCCACUUAAACAAAUACAUCACUAAGGUAAACAAUAUAAACAUACCAAAACCCUGUAUGGUUAAAUACAAUUUCCAUGGUACAAAAAUCAAAGCCUGGAGAUGUUUGUACAGAUUGCUUUUUUACACAAUGUCUUAAAUUGCCAAAUAUUUACAACAUUAAAGAGGAAAUACAUUUUGAUGCAG